AGGAAGAGCACCACGCAGAGAUAAACUUACGUUUGUUUGUGAAAUUUUAUAAAUAAAUAGGUAAAAGCAUAGAAAUAAAGUAAACAAAGAUGUCAAACAUAACGGCAGCGGUUAUAGCCAACCGCAAUAAGAAGCAUUUCCUAGGAGUUCCAGCUCCUUUGGGAUAUGUGGCCGGCGUUGGCAGAGGUGCCACUGGCUUCACCACCCGAUCUGAUAUUGGUCCUGCCCGCGACGCCAACGAUGUGUCUGACGAUCGCCAUGCGCCGCCAGCCACCAAACGUAAGAAAAAAGAUGAAGAAGAGGAAGAGGACGAAGAUCUGAACGACUCAAACUAUGAUGAGUUUAGUGGUUACAGUGGCUCCCUGUUUUCCAAGGAUCCAUACGAUAAGGACGAUGAGGAGGCGGACGCUAUUUACGACUCUAUAGACAAGCGGAUGGAUGAGAAACGGAAGGAGUACCGUGAUCGAAGGCUGCGCGAGGAUUUGGAACGUUAUCGCCAGGAGCGGCCGAAGAUCCAGCAGCAGUUUAGUGAUCUUAAACGUUCUCUAGCCAGCGUCACGUCCGAGGAGUGGUCUACGAUUCCUGAAGUAGGCGACAGUCGAAACCGCAAGCAACGGAAUCCCAGGGCAGAGAAAUUUACGCCUUUACCGGAUAGCGUCCUGUCCAGGAAUCUGGGUGGCGAAACAUCCUCUACGCUGGAUCCAACUUCAGGACUGGCUUCCAUGGUUCCUGGUGUCGCCACCCCUGGCAUGCUGACACCAACAGGAGAUUUGGAUUUGCGAAAAAUUGGACAGGCGCGAAAUACCCUCAUGAACGUGAAGCUUUCUCAGGUUUCUGAUUCGGUGACAGGUCAAACUGUGGUGGAUCCCAAGGGCUACCUCACCGAUCUUCAGAGUAUGAUUCCCACUUACGGUGGUGACAUCAACGACAUAAAGAAAGCCCGUUUACUGCUCAAGAGUGUCCGAGAAACCAACCCCAAUCAUCCUCCCGCAUGGAUAGCAUCUGCCCGUUUGGAGGAGGUCACUGGAAAAGUUCAAAUGGCCAGGAAUCUGAUAAUGCGGGGUUGCGAAAUGAAUCCUCAGUCGGAAGAUCUCUGGCUGGAGGCAGCGCGUCUGCAACCUCCAGACACUGCUAAGGCGGUGAUUGCCCAGGCUGCUCGUCACAUUCCCACCUCUGUUCGGAUUUGGAUCAAGGCAGCCGACUUGGAAACCGAAACUAAGGCGAAGAGAAGGGUGUUCCGAAAGGCUCUGGAGCACAUUCCUAACUCUGUGCGCCUAUGGAAGGCCGCCGUGGAGCUAGAAAAUCCAGAUGAUGCACGAAUUCUGUUAUCUCGUGCCGUGGAAUGUUGUAACACUAGUGUGGAGCUCUGGUUGGCUUUAGCUCGUUUGGAAACCUACGAGAAUGCCAGAAAGGUUCUGAACAAGGCGCGUGAGAAUAUUCCCACAGAUCGCCAGAUUUGGACAACGGCUGCCAAGUUGGAAGAGGCGAAUGGAAACAUCCACAUGGUGGAGAAGAUCAUUGACCGAUCCCUGACAUCACUUACAGUUAAUGGUGUGGAGAUUAAUAGGGAUCACUGGUUCCAGGAAGCCAUCGAGUCAGAGAAAUCGGGUGCCGUGAACUGCUGCCAGGCCAUUGUAAAGGCAGUCAUUGGAAUCGGAGUAGAGGAAGAGGAUCGCAAGCAAACCUGGAUCGAUGAUGCAGAAUUUUGCGCCAAGGAGAAUGCUUUUGAGUGUGCUCGAGCCGUCUACGCUCAUGCCCUGCAAAUAUUCCCCUCGAAGAAGAGUAUCUGGCUGAGAGCGGCUUACUUUGAAAAGAACCACGGUACUCGCGAAUCCUUGGAGGCUUUACUUCAGCGCGCUGUUGCCCAUUGUCCCAAAUCGGAGAUUCUGUGGCUGAUGGGCGCCAAGUCCAAGUGGAUGGCCGGGGAUGUGCCAGCAGCGAGAGGUAUUCUCUCAUUGGCCUUUCAGGCUAAUCCCAAUUCGGAGGAUAUUUGGUUGGCUGCCGUUAAAUUGGAGUCUGAAAAUGCGGAAUACGAAAGAGCACGACGAUUGUUGGCCAAGGCUCGAGGAUCUGCUCCCACGCCAAGGGUGAUGAUGAAGUCGGCUAGACUGGAGUGGGCUCUAGAACGCUUCGAUGAAGCUCUCAGGCUGCUCGUGGAAGCUGUCGAGGUAUUCCCAGACUUUCCAAAACUGUGGAUGAUGAAGGGGCAGAUUGAGGAGCAACAGCGUAGGACGGAUGAUGCCGCGGCUACGUAUACCCAGGGUCUGAAAAAGUGUCCCACUUCCAUACCUUUGUGGAUAUUGUCUGCCAACUUGGAGGAGCGAAAAGGGGUAUUGACAAAGGCUCGCUCCAUUCUGGAACGCGGACGUCUGCGGAAUCCAAAGGUUGCAGUUCUUUGGCUGGAGGCUAUUAGGGUGGAACUGCGAGCGGGUUUGAAGGAAAUCGCCAGCACUAUGAUGGCUAGAGCUCUGCAGGAAUGCCCCAACGCCGGCGAGCUCUGGGCGGAGGCCAUCUUUAUGGAAACAAAGCCCCAAAGAAAGACCAAGUCGGUUGAUGCUCUGAAGAAGUGUGAGCACGAUCCUCACGUACUGCUGGCGGUAUCUAAGCUGUUUUGGUCGGAGCACAAGUUUUCCAAGUGCAGGGAUUGGUUCAAUCGAACGGUUAAAAUCGAUCCUGAUUUGGGUGAUGCCUGGGCGUAUUUCUACAAGUUUGAAUUGCUACACGGGACAGAACAGCAACAGCAGGAAGUCGUUGAUCGCUGCAUUGCCGCGGAACCCACGCAUGGAGAAUCCUGGUGUCGCGUUAGCAAGAAUAUCCAAAACUGGCAAUUCAAAACACCCGACGUCCUGCGAGCCGUUGUUCGUGAACUUUCUAUACCCGUCUAAGGUUAACAUAUUUUAAUUAAAUAGAUACGUCGUCAGCCUAGCGCUGCAAGUCCCGAUAUCCUUUAUAAAUACGAUAAAAUUGCUUGAAGUGUUUGACGAUGAACUCCAGAAGAAAGAAGCCGAAACUGGCAGCAGCUCCGCAACCAAAAAUGCCCAAGGCAUAGCGACAUUCGGUGAGGCCAAUGGAGACAAAGCCGCCAACGCCGCCUUCGCAUUUGGGCUUUUGGGGAAUCCAUUUGCGUUCUUCGCGAUUCACCAAGCUUACUUCUCGCUGCCAGCGUAUUCUGAAAGUAAUUCAAUUGGAAAUUAUGAUACUUUUAUUACUUUUCUCAACGAUUUUCGACUGUAUAAAAUUUGUUUAAUUUUUAUUUCAGUAAUU